AUGACUGUCAGGAAUAACGGGGAGUCGCCGGAGGAGAGGAAAGGGUAUGUGCAUAGCCAGGUGCUGCGGAUUCGGGAGGAGGAUUCGCAUGUGGGCCAGGAUUUCCUUGACGUUUUAAAAGGCUCCGGCUCCGGCUCCGGCGCCGGGGUUGACAAUAGUAACUAUAACUUGAUGAUCAAGAAUAUGGUGGCUGCGGCGGCUUCGUCGCCGGUGAUGAAUGAUGGAGUAGUGGUGUUGUUGAUGAGACCGAUGUUGCCUUCCUCCCCUCUUAGCCGCAAGACCACCGUCAAUUGA